UGCCAGGUGUCCACCUUUGAUGGACAUUGUCCUCCACAUGCUGAACGGCUACCUGCUGGCCUCAAAAGCCUACCUACACUGCCACCUGAAGGAGACGGCCGACUUUGAUCGGCAGAGCCAGACGGUGUCGAACCUGGGCGUGCCCGGACAGCCAGACGCACCUGAGGUCACCAGAGAGGAGCUGAAAAACGCCCUUCUAGCUGCACAAGACAGCGCAGCAGUCCAGAUUCUCCUGGAAGUGUGUCUGCCAACAUCCGAAGAGCAGCAGCUGGGGGCCAACACGGAGAGCCUGCUGAGCAGCAUCAGGGGCCCCAUGCCAGGGAAAUCGAAACAGGGGAGCGCGGGGCCGAGAGCCAGGGGGGGCGUGGAGGACAGCGAGCCAGAGGGAGGGCUGCUCAGUGACUUGAGGGAGGUGCAAUGUCUCAUCUGUUGUCUGCUGCAUCAGAUGUUCAUCGCCGACCCAAACAUUGCCAAGUUGGUCCACUUUCAGGUAUCAUAAUGGGAGGAAGAUGGAGUUUGCUGUACACGUGAUAUUAAUUGUUUUUUUGUGACAGUGUUUGAAG